ACUAUAUAGUAGAAGAAGAACUACUCUGUCCCGUGCGAAACACUUCAUCAUAUCAUAAAUUCGCACUUUCUAGAAACCAAACCCAAGUCUCCUCUUCCCAUAUUUCUCUUUUCUUUUCUUCUCUCCAUCUCCCUCGUUUUUCUUUCCUCCACCGUCACACAAAUCUUCAACCUAUACAAGCACGGGAUUCCCUUCAAACUAAUCUAAAAUAAUAAAAAAAUAUUCUCUCAUUUUCUCUCUUUUAAUUCUGGCCUUACUUUGUUUGCUGCUCUUGUUUGUUGGUUUAAGGUUAAAGCGUCAGCGUGUUGUCUUUUCUUAAGUGUUCAACAAAGCAGCGUGAGUUUCAGUUUGAGUUUUCUUCAAGACUUGCUUUAACCACCAAAGAGAGAGAGAGAUAGUUGCCAUUGUUUGUUUACGUAAGUCACUUGUGAAAACAGAGUGGAUAAAGAUACAGCUAGCUUCAGGUUUUUCCGGGGAUAAAUCGGUGUUUCAACGCUAAAAAUAACUAAACUAAACUUUGACUCUUCGCUGUUGGGCUAAUUUACGUUUCAAUUCUCUUUCUUCUUCCUUCAAGGAGUAAAGAAAAACCCAAUAGUUUAAUUUCUCAAGUUCUUUCUUUUUCCGACCCUUUGUAUUUUUCCCCUCAUCUGGGUUCUCAUUGUAACGUUUGGGUGAAACUUAAACGAGAAGCUGAAAAGUGAAGGCCCUUCCCUCUCUUUUCUCUGACACCAUGAUUUUCGAUAAAGGGUCAAUGCAAUCCAAGUCCAACCUUGACUGCUUCCUCCGCCGUACGACACCUGUUGUGCCCUCUCAGUUUCUCCCCAAGCACGAGAUUCGAAACCUUAACCGUUUGUGGCACCCGUGGGAGAGAGAAGCGGUUGAGUACUUCACUUUGAGCGAUCUCUGGAAUCGCUUCCAUGAAUGGAGUGCUUAUGGAGCUGGAGUUCCCAUCUCCUUGUCCAAUAGGGAGACACUUGUUCAGUACUAUGUUCCUUACCUCUCUGCAAUUCAAAUAUUCACCAGCAACACUUUCAGGGAAGAGACUGAGUCGGGUGAGUGUGAGACAAGGGAUUCGUACAGCGAUUCGUACAGUGAAGAGAGCGAGUGUGAUAAGCUGUGGAGGUGGGAUGGAAGUUCAUCAGAAGAGGGAGGAUCAGAGCAUGAUUCUCUUUGUCAUAUGAAUGACCGAUUGGGACACCUGUAUUUUCAGUAUUUCGAGAGAUCAACUCCAUAUGGAAGAGUCCCUCUAAUGGAUAAGAUUACUGCAUUAGCAGAGAGAUAUCCAGGGUUGAUGACACUAAGAAGUGUAGAUCUUUCCCCAGCUAGUUGGAUGGCAGUUGCUUGGUACCCCAUAUAUCAUAUUCCCAUGGGCAGAACAAUUAAAGAUCUCUCAACAUGCUUCCUCACAUACCACACACUUUCAUCUUCAUUCCAAGACAUGGACCUUGAUGAUGAUAACGAGGGAGCCCACGAGAAGAGGAAAGAAGGUGAAGGCAUAUCGCUGCCAGCAUUUGGUUUGGCCACGUAUAAGAUGCAAGGGAAUUUGUGGGUCUCAGGAAAUUGUGGUAGGGACCAAGAAAAACUAGUCUCACUAUUGAGCGUGGCAGAUUCAUGGUUGAAGCAACUAAGGGUCCAACAUCAUGACUUUAAUUACUUCAUGGGCGUUCGGCAUGGCUAAAAGAAUUAAUGCCACCACUUUACAAAUUGACCACUGAAAAAACCCUCUUCUUUCGGAUAUUUGGUUGUUGUUCCCUUGCUUGGACCAUUAAUUGCACUCUUUUUUUGCUUUUGAGUGUGAGGAUUUGUUACUUUGUAGUACUAGUUGUUUAGUUAACCCUUGAGAGCAAGCAUAUUAGGACAUGCCCUUGUGAGAUUAAGGGUAAGGGUAAUUGACUCCUUUGUAAGUAGAGUGAGUGGUAGGUGAGAGUUACUACACUACAUAGGACUUUGAAUUUGGAUUAUUAUUGUGUAUGAAUCACUUGCUAUAUUGACCAAUGAUAGUUGACACGUGGAAUGUUUUGUAUAUGCCA